UGCUUGUUUCUACAGGAAAUGAAUGGGCAAAAUUGGACUUUGAGUACAGAAAUUGUACUUUUAGGAUUUCAACAUCUGCAGAACUAUAGGAUUCCAAUUUUCAUAUUAUUCCUUUUGUUGUAUAUUUUUACUGUAUUGGCCAAUUUCUUGAUUAUAAUACUAGUGUCAUCAAGUCACAACCUCCAUUCUCCUAUGUAUUGUUUUCUCUGUCAUCUUUCAUUCUCAGAUAUAUUACUCACCACAAAUACUGUGCCUAACAUGCUACUCGUUAUAUUGAAACAAGGCACCAUGAACCUCAGAGCUUGUAUCACACAAGGUUACAUCUUUGCACUCUCUCUAUCUGCCGAGUGUCUACUACUAACUGUGAUGUCAUAUGACAGAUACCUAGCGAUCUGUAAACCACUCCAUUAUUCCUCAAUUAUGGAUAAUACCUUUCAUAUAAAAUUGGUAAGUGGGACCUGGCUAUUAGGUUCUCUAAGUCCAAUAGUUACAGAUGUUCUGGCAGCCAAACUACAUUUUUGUGGUGUCGUUAAAAUGGAUCAUUUCUACUGUGAUUUCGCUUCACUUUUAGAACUUUCUUGCUCCGAUACUCAUGCAGUGAAAUUUAGCAAUAUAUUAUCAGCCGCCCCUUUAACUAUAGUCCCUGUAAUAUUUAUAACUGCAACGUAUGUUCAUAUCUUCCAAACUAUUUUAAAGAUUCCAUCUAAAAUAAAGAUACAAAAAGCUUUUUCAACCUGCAGUUCCCAUCUGACAGUUGUGUGUAUUUUUUACGGGACAGUUGUGACUCUUUAUGUAUUUCCAGCUACAGGAUAUUCACUGAUUGCAAACAAAAUACUCUCUUUGUUGUAUACAGUGGUUACUCCAUUGCUAAAUCCUAUAAUCUAUAGUAUGAGAAACCAUGAAAUUAGAGCAGCCUUACAGAAAUUUAUCAAUGGAAGAACUGUAAUGAAAAUGUAA